GAAUUGUCAUGACAUGUGCGCACACUCAGUACUAUAGGUAGACUACAAAUGGUAGAAAUUGCUGACGAGCUGCAAUACUGAGGCCUCUGAGGAGCUUGGGAGAGCAGGCGGGUCGUGUUUGCAGGGAGUUGUAUGCCCACACUCUUCUUUUGAAAGCUGCACCACGAUGGCGAGUUAUCUGAUUGAUUGCCCCAAGUGCCGGACGACUCUUCAGCUGCCGCCUGGAGCACAAAAAAUACAGUGUGUGGUUUGCAGCACCGUCAUCAGCAUUGCACCGGCCAAAAGUGCACAGCCCGCCGCAGGGGGGUACCCUGGGGCCAGCCCCAGUGGCGGGUUUGGCCCCAGCGGCGGGUUUGGUCCGCCUGCGCCAUAUGUGGGAGGCCCCCCUCCAUUCCCCCCUCAAGGCGGCUACCAGGGCCCCCCUCCCUUCUCAGGUGGCUUUCAGCCCCCGCCUGGGAGCUACGGCGCUGGCCCUCCUGGGGGUGCCUUUGUGCGCCCUGAGAUCCCCGCGUCCAGCCUCCCCCCCCCAAACCCCAGCCAGUACACCCCGUCCAUGCCCUCCUUCCAUGGCAAGAAGCGCGCCGUGGUCUGUGGCAUCUCGUACUUGAACCAGCGCUAUCAUCUCAAAGGGUGCAUCAACGACGCGCAGUGCAUGAAGUACUUGCUGACCAACAAGCUGGGCUUCAAGGAGGAGCAGAUCCUCAUGCUCACAGAGGAGGACCGCGACCCGCUGCGCAUCCCCACCCGCUACAACAUCAUGUCCGCGCUCUACUGGCUCAUCCAGGGGCAGCAAGCUGGAGACUCCCUCGUCUUCCACUACUCAGGCCAUGGGGGUCAACAACGGAACCGCCUGGGGGAGGAGGUGGACGGCUUCGACGAGACGAUCUGCCCCGUGGACUUCGAGCGCAACGGCCAGAUCGUGGACGACGAGCUGAACCGCGCGCUCGUGAACCCGCUGCUGCCGGGGGUGCGCCUGCACGCGGUCGUGGACGCGUGCCACUCGGGGACCAUCCUGGACCUGCCCUUCCUCGCGCAGAUCAACCAGUACAACCAGGUGGCGUGGGAGGACCAGCGCAUGGGGCGCACGUACAAGGGCACCGCCGGCGGCGAGGCCAUCAGCUUCAGCGGCUGCGAGGACGCGCAGACCUCCGCCGACACCGCGGCGUUCAGCGGCACAGUGUCGACGGGGGCGAUGACGUACUCGUUCAUCCAGGCCAUCGAGCGCAACCAGGCGCAAACGUACGGCUCCCUUCUGGCGGCGAUGCGGCAAGCCAUCCGCGACGCCAAUGCGUCACUAGGGGCGGGGGGGGGUAUCCCCGCUUUGACGGGGGGCGGCCUGCUGGGCAGCCUGCUGGGCAGCGUGUUCGGGGCGAGCAGUGGGGGGGGGCUCACGCAGAUCCCGCAGCUCUCCAGCGACCGCAUGUUCGACCUCAACCGGCCGUUCUCCAUAUAGGGCCGCGGACGGCAGCGCCUCUUUCAAAGUGAGGCUCCUCACGGAAAGCCCCGGGGGUGGGCACGCAAGAAAGCUGCACUGUUUGUAGUCAGCGUUGUUGGAAUCUGCCCUUGCUUUUUAGUGCGGCUCCUUUGAGGAGCCACGGUUCUUCGGGAAGAAUAGAACCAACAACAAAGAGUUUGAGCAAGUUUUUCCGUUUUGAAGACUCCAAGAAAGGCUUCACUUGAUGAACCGUUGUACAGGUAGGAGAUGAUGAAGAACGCUCGCUUGGACGCCCAGACAUGUGCGUCAAAAGGGCAUGCGUGGCGCACACCAUGUACUUGUCUUGGUAGCUGGGGCACGAGCAUUCAG